ACUCAAGUUUGGAUAGGCGCAUUUCGAUCAAAGCAUAUCUCUAUGCAAUGCCAGAAUGCCGACCUUUCCAAGCAAAAAAGACUCACACUCGUUCAAAGUUCAAACGCUUCUUGUAGAGGUUUCCUCCUCGUCCAACUCCACACCUUCCUUGAUUGAUAGUCCGCAAAGUAACUUCGUACUCAACGGUCUGCAGGGACAAGCCCCGCAAACCCGCACAUUCUUUUUCACUUUAACGGAACAGGUAGGUGCUCCUGAUGGAGUAUCUAAACGCAUGCUCGUCGUUAACGACAUGUUUCCCGGACCAACAAUUGAAGCAAACCAGGGCGAUCGACUAAUCGUCAAUGUCACAAAUCACCUUGAAAAUGCUACAACAAUACAUUGGCAUGGCCUUUUCCAAAAUCAAACCAACUUCUACGACGGGACGUCUGCCAUUACCGAGUGUGGUAUACCGCCUGGUCAAUCCCUUGUAUACAAUUUCACGUUCGGAGAAUUUUCUGGAACUACUUGGUGGCAACUCAACGCAGUACACCGACGGUAUCACCGGCGCUCUGAUAGUGUACCCUAGCGAUCCAGCACCCAGAGGGUUCCCGACAUGGGAUCAAGACCUAGUCGUGCAAGUAAACGAUUUGUAUCAUACAUUCAGCAGUGUGUUGCUUGCUGCAUACUUAUCGCCAUUCGGUAUUGACGGAACACCGGGAGACGAACCUGUCGCUGAUGGUGGAACAUUAAAUGGACUCGGUCAAUGGGGCGGAACUGGGAACUACUUCAAUUUCACCGUCGAGCCAAACAAGACGUAUCGCAUCCGCCUCAUCAAUACGGGUUCCUUUGCGUCCAUCCGAUUCUCCAUCGACAAUCACCCCCUAACCAUCAUCGAAGCCGACGGAACACUAGUUAAACCGUACAACGUUUCGGGGCUCACCAUCGCCGUCGCACAACGAUAUUCUGUCCUCAUACGUACUAAUGGGACGCGGAAAGACGGAACAUAUUGGAUGAGAAGUCAGGUCCAGACGGACAUGUUCACGUAUGAUGUUCCGGGUCAGAAUACUGACAUAAGGGGUGUUUUGAGAUACUCAAAUGCUCAGAAUGCGCCCGCGCUGCCUACGGCCACUGACGAUCCUGGACCUGGCAAGAAACUGGCGGAUAUGGAUGAUUCACUCCUCAUCCCUGCUGUCAUUGAUACCCCACCAAAUAAUACCCGACGAUACCCUAUCACUGUUGCACUUGAAAAUACUAACGAUGGUCGUUUCCUCGCAUUUAUCAACCGGACGAGCUGGGAACCACUGACGGGUACCUCUACUCUCCUCGCUGUACAUAACGCUGGUGGUUCAUCGUACGCACCGAAUGGCGGCAGUUUGCAGGAUUCGAGUCAAUUCUUGAUUACGGAAAAUUCCAUUCAGACCGUUGAUUUACUUAUCAAUAACUUGGACGAUGGUGAUCAUCCCUUUCACCUUCAUGGACAUCGCCCUUGGAUUAUGGGUACUGGUUCUGGGCGCUAUAUUGGACAACCUCUGAAUACGAAGAGCCCCCUCAGACGAGAUACUGUUCUCAUCCCUGCGUACAGUUGGAUGAUCCUGCGUUUCAUUACCGACAAUCAUCUCUCAAAGCUGGCGUAUGGGCUUUCCACUGUCAUAUCGCAUGGCAUAUGGCCGCUGGUCUACUCAUGCAGAUCAACAGUUUACCCUCCGUUGCCGCCAACCUCACGAUUCCUCAGCCUAUUAUACACCAAUGUAGCUCGUAAUCGACACUGUUGGUGCAACCCUAUCCACAUUCAGGCUGUUUCCCGAUGUACCAGAGAUUUUUGCCCCUGGCGUAGUGGACUUAGAUGAGUUCAUAUUGUACUGCAGUCGUUCUACACUGUUUUCUUCUCUCGUGUGACUCUGAAAUAAGUAUGAUAUGGAGGAAUACACUGAGAAUGGACCA